CGAUCGGCAGCAACAACAGAACGGCAAACAUUCCUCCUCGGAAUCGAGAAAGCAAGACAACAGUAGCAUACUCUAAGGAGAAAGUGUGCCGAUCCUAGAAAUGGCAGAUCCCACAGAUUACGCGAUCGUGGCAAACGAAAACUAUGUUUCCCCGACAUAUGAACCUGUAAGUAUUUCUUGCAUCCCAGCAAUUUGAAAAGAACAGAAGAGAACAAUGAAGAAGAUACAAAUGCGGGUACAAGUGCAAAAAUAUUGGUUUCUUUGGCAACAAAGCCAAUAAAGAUUAGCAACCUCAAGAAACUAAACCAUCGGACGGACCGAUUCUCAACUGUUCGUCUUUUCUUUGCCGCCCCGACUCUGUUUCGCGUACCUUUCGUUGUGUCGUUGCGACACGAACCGCGACGGAUCCAAAUCUCAAUGCGAAAAAACACCGCGCUCGCACCAAACUGUAACUGCACACAGCCCCAGGCAUUCCUCAACGUGGGCAGUGCCCUAGAGAACAUCGUCACAGACAGAGACCGCGGCAGUGGAGACGCCGCCCCGAAUUCUAUACUGGCCUUUGUGGCCGGCGAUCGGGCCGAGCAGGUCGAAUACAUCGAGGGGUUUGUCGGGAUCGGGAUCUUUCUGAGCUGCAUGGUAUCGAUUUGGUUCCUGGUGCUCCUCCUGCUCAAGUUCCAGGGGCGGGACCGGGUAGGCUGCGCUGCGGGAUUUGCCUUUCACGAUGCCGACAGCGACACCCAGUCCGCGAAGGAAGAACGCAAGACCCGGGGAGGGGCAUCGGGAACGCUUUUUCGGGGGGACGGCCAGGACGCAUCGGUGGGAGCGGCCGUGGGAGCCGACGAUUCGAUUGCGAUGGACGAGCCGGAGGUUCGGAAGAAGAAGGCCAGCGAAAUCGAAAAACAGGAGAGGAAGUCCUCCUCCGGGAUUUUUGCUUCGGUGUUUGGCAGAAGCAGGGAUGCCUCAGGCAACGAACCGCGCUCGGAGCCGUCCUCGCCGCAACACAAAGGCGUUGUGGCUACGUUCAAGGGAGGACGAAACGGACGAAACUGGUCCGUCCUUCGGGACGACACGACAGACUAUCCCAAUCCUCCAGACAGCAACGGCAAUAAUGACAAUAAUGACAACAAUGACAACAAUGGCUACAAUUACGACAACGACGAGAAUUAUGUACCAUACGAACUCGAAGAAAUCGAGCUGCACAUGGAACUCGACGACAUUGUGCAUUCCGCGACGCGAGCAAGCGAAAAGAAAGAGCAAAAGCGGAGGAACAAAGGCAAGCCCUGGUCGCUGCGUUCCCUGCCGCCGAAGACGGUGGUCCUCGAGAACGACAGCAACGAGGAUGACCUCUCAAUCGAAACCAAGCUCGCCGAGCGGGAGAACAACAAGGCGUGCGGCCAAACGCCAUGCUGCUCCUUUGACGCCAAGGACGUCGCACGCCGAAGGGUUGCAACGCGAUGGGUUUUUGCGGUGUUUGCUUUGAUCUCGCUGAUCUGCUGUAUCUUGUUGAUCACGCACAUGUACGUGCCGCUGGAAUCGGCGGCCCUUACGUCGAAAGAGGUCGUUCGGGAAACCUCGGAGAUUGUAGACGAACUCAACGAGGUUCUUGAAAUCGUAGACGAAGCGGCCACCGUGACGGAAUCCCUUCUAAAAAAUACGCCGCUGGAGUACGAGUCGCUUUGCCCCGGUUUUGCAGUGGGAAACUUUGCGUCCCAGUUCGGGUUCAACCCCAAGACGGUCAUCGACACAGUGGUCCAGGAAUACAUAAACUACAUCCCCACCAUCAGGGGAUUGCUCGACACGGCCAAAGAGACGGGUGCAUCCGUGACCGAUGUAUUGAUGGACGUCAACAGCGGCGUCAACAACACCAAUGAAUACCUGUGGAUCAUCCCGCUAAUUAUUUGCGUGACGAUACUGAUCAUCUUUAGCCAGCUUGCAUUGAUGGCCGCGGUGGUCUCGAGGGAACAAAGAUUCAAAGACCUU